AUGCCUUAUUGCACACCGCAGGAUCCAGAGAGGGUUUCAGGAGCUCUGAUCAAUGUGGCAAAACACCUGGGCAACCUGAAGUUCAGAGUCUGGGAGAAGAUGCAGGAGACUGUCCAAUACACUCCUGUAACUCUGGAUCCCAACACUGCAAGCCCACGUCUCAUCCUGUCUGAGGAUCUGACCAGUGUGAGACGUGGUGAUGAGAGACAGCAGCUUCCUGAUAACCCAGAGAGGAUUGAUAAGUAUGCCAGUGUCCUGGGCUCUGAGGGCUUUAACUCAGGGACUCACUGCUGGGAUGUGGAGGUUGGAGAGAACACAUGGUGGUGUGUGGGUGUGAUGACAGAGUCUCUCCAGAGGAAGGGAAACAUUUCCUCCAUGAGUGGACAGUGGUUUAUGUGGUAUAAAGAUGGUAAAUAUGGAGCACAGUCUACACCACAGCCCCUCACUCUCCUCACAGUGAAGCAGAAACUCCAGAGGAUCAGAGUUCAGCUGGACUGGGACAGAGGAAAGCUGUCAUUCUCUGACCCUGAUAAUAACACACACCUACACACUCUCACACACACUUUCACUGAGAGAGUGUGUCCAUACUUUAAUGAUGCCUGUAAACUCUCUCCUCUGAGGAUGUUACCAGUGAGAGCUUCAGUGAAAGUAGAGCAGUACAGCAAGUAAUGAUGUCACUUCCUUUUGCCAGGUUAAUAAUGACUUGUUCAUGCUGUUAAAAUGUCUUCAUGCAUUAACCAUUCUGACUAAUUGGUUGUAUUGUUGGUUGCCUUAAGAAAAUCCCAAAGGUCUCAUGUAAUCUGAACUCUGUAAAUAUGGCAAAUUGAAGGGCAAAUAUCUUUGACAGAACUGUGUUGUAAAAGAUAUUCCUAAACAACUUCCUUUUAUUUUCUAAACGUAUGCUGAUGGUGACGAAACAUGGUUACAUGCUUUUUGCAAACAUUUGAUUCUCAUUUAUUUUGAUUUAAACCUUUCUAAAGAGACAAGUCAUUCUCAUUAUGACAGUUUUGUAAGCAAUUAUGUAUAAUUUCAGAUUUUUAAGCCUCCUUUUAAUGACGUUCUACUCAUUUGUAUCCAAAAUAAGGGAAAUUCAUAAUAAAAUAGAAAAUAAAAUAUACGUACAACUAAUGCAUAUCUACAUCUCAGGACUAUUAGUAUUUUGUGUAUUUGGCAAUGUCUUUAACAAUGAACAACAUACAUUGACAAUAUACAUCAAAUAUGCAUAAUAAAUUCUGUCAU